AUGCGGCUUUCAUUGUUUGCCCUCGGUACCAUUUGGGCAUCUAGCUCAGUGGCAUCUCCAGUACAGUCAUCCCCUUAUAAUAAAUCUACUUCAAAAGGGUUUCGUAUGCAACACGGGUUUGAAACAGUUCUGGUACAGCCUUACGGAUACGAUGGCUUUCGAGUUCGAGCAUGGCCAUUUCGGGCGCCAACGGGUCAAGAGAUCGGGUUUGUCUAUGACCCACCACUUGAAGGACCCGAGGAUGGAGAAGCACACGGAAUGACCUUUGAUACAGCCUUUAACGGCAACCAAUCAGAAAAAUUGCGUAAUGGCAACAUGGUCGUUCGCACCUCUGGAUGGGGAGGUAACCCUGGAGGUUACCGUCUCGCUUUUUAUCGAGUCGAGACCAAUGGCUCGGAGACCCUCCUCACCAAUGAGUAUGCACCACUCAAGUCAAUCAACCCUCGGUACUAUUCUUGGACCGGACCUGGAAGCGAGUUCGCUGCGGAAUUUUCCUUCAGCACCACACCAGAGGAACAGAUCUAUGGCACAGGCACCCAACAGGAUCACCUCGUCAACAAGAAAGGGCUUACAAUUGACCUCAUCAACUUCAACACACAUAUUCCGACCCCGGUCUUCAUGAGCAACAAAGGGUACGGCUUUGUCUGGAACAUGGCCUCAACCGGUCGUAUGGAGUUCGGCCCACUGCGCAACAGAUUUACCGCCGAUGCAGCAUCGGUGGUUGACUAUGUGAUAGUAGCAUCAGACCCCAGUGACUACGACACACUUCAACAACGGCUCUCUGCACUGACAGGUCGGGCUCCCACCCCGCCUGAUUGGUCACUUGGUUAUCUUCAAUCCAAACUUCGAUAUGAAAACCAAAGUGAAGUUGUUCAGUUGGCACAGCAGUUCCACGAUCAUCAGAUCCCAGUGUCCAUGAUUGUCAUCGACUACCAAUCUUGGGCUCACCAGGGAGACUGGGGACUCGACCCAAAUUUGUGGCCCGACGUGGCAGAGAUGGCCCGCCAGGUGAAAGACCUGACCAACGCCGAGAUGAUGGCAUCCCUUUGGCCCAGCGUGGCCGACAACAGCGUCAACUAUUUGGAGAUGAUGGCCCAAGGAUUUCUGUCAGCUACUAGAUCGGGGCCUGGUACGACCGAUUCAUGGAAUGGGUCAUACAUCCGCAACUAUGAUUCCACGAACCCCGGGGCGCGCCGUUUCCUGUGGAACACACUCAAACAGAACUAUUUUGAUAAAGGAAUCAAGAAUUUCUGGAUCGAUCAGGCAGACGGUGGUUCUCUCGGUGAAGCAUAUGAAAACAACGGGCAGAGUGACUAUAUCCAGUCUCUUCCCUUCCCCAUGCCCGAUGUAUUGUAUGCAGCGGGUUCCCAAAGCAGUGUGGGCAAACUGUAUCCAUGGGCCCACCAACAGGCCAUCGAAGAAGGAUUCCGCAAUGCAACCACAUCAGAAAUUGGUUCCCCCUGUGAUUACCUGUCACUGAGUCGUUCAGGGUACAUUGGUUCUCAGCGAUUCUGUAGCAUGAUCUGGUCUGGCGACACCACAGCAGUGUGGGAGACACUUAGCGCACAGGUAGCUAGUGGAUUGUCCGCUGCUGCGACUGGCUGGGGUUGGUGGACUCUGGACGCGGGCGGCUUCCAAGCAGAUCCAACCGUUUCGUGGAGUGCUAACAUCGACUCCCCCGAAUAUCGUGAGUUGUAUGUCCGAUGGUUCCAGUGGACAACGUUCCUGCCAUUCAUGCGCACCCAUGGGUCUCGAGCGUGUGACUUCCAGGAUACAUACACGUGCGCCAAUGAGCCAUGGUCCUAUGGAUCGGAGAAUACUCCAAUUCUUGUGUCAUAUAUCCAGCUUCGAUAUCAGCUGUCUGCCUAUCUUCGAGCGGUCUUUGCUCAACUUCAAAAGAGUGGUCGAAUGAUCAUGCGUCCCUUGUACAUGGAUUUUGAAAAGUCGGACCCCCAUGUGGCUGCAUGGACACAGAAAAAUACCAACAUCACCACCCAGCAAUAUAUGUUUGGUCCUUGUUUGCUCGUGAGCCCUGUUACAACCCCGAAUGUGACGGAGUGGUCUGUGUAUCUGCCACAGACAACAGAUGUUAAUUCGAAGCCAUGGACGUAUUGGUGGUCGAAUGAAACAUACUCCGGAGGGCAGACAGUGACUGUACCAGCACCAAAGGAGCACAUUCCAUUGUUUCAUCUAGGUACUCGGGCGGACAUUCUGGAUGGACGCGUUUUCGCGUAA